AUGGUUCCGACUGAAACAGCAGUGAUUCCUAACCAGCAUCCCGUGAAGGCUUCUACCACUAUCAUACCUGAAGAGGUUGGUUACAUACCUGUAUACCUCACUGCCUCUCUAGUCCACACGUUACCCCCACAGAUGGCUUCGGCUCACAACAGCAUGGCAGCUGAAACUGGAUACCCCACAAUGCCCACUUUCGUCUACCUUCCAUCGUGGAAUUACCGACAAGACUUAACGGACAAAGGGGUGCAGAAAUUCACAGGUGCCCUGAAGAUUAUCCACCGUGGAAAGCCACCUUUCUGCAAGCCAUCCAAGACAUGGGAUUGCCCACAGAGGAGGAGCUGA